UUUUUGCUUGGUCGGUUCGUUGAUUUUAAAACAAGUAUCUGAAAAUGCUACUUUCGAGGUAUUUCAGGCUGUCGAGAGGCAUCUUGAAGCUUUCCGUCCGAUUAGAGGCGCCACUGCUUAGUUCCGUGCGCCAGUGCGCAACACAGCCACCGAAAGACGACGAGACAAAAGGCCAAGAAAAGAGUCUGGUUUUGCGCACGAAUCUGUUUGAAACAGCCGCCAAGAAGGAUAAGCAAACUUAUAUCGAAAUGGUAGACAUUUUCGUAAAUCGUAACGUUCACAGGCGUAACCACGUAGAGUUUAUUUACGCCGCUCUCAAGCACAUGGAAGCGUUCGGCGUAAGCAAGGACAUUGCCGUGUACAAGGCACUGAUCAAUGUGAUGCCCAAAGGCAAAUUCAUCCCCACAAACAUAUUUCAAGCCGAGUUUAUGCACUACCCGCGCCAGCAACAGUGUAUAAUCGAUCUGCUGGAACAGAUGGAGGACAACGGAGUUAUGCCGGACUAUGAGAUGGAGGCGAUGCUGAUCAACGUAUUCGGCCGUAAGGGCCACCCGGUGCGAAAGUACUGGCGCAUGAUGUACUGGAUGCCGAAGUUUAAAAACCUUUCCCCCUGGUUGCUUCCCAAUCCCGUACCGAACGAUGCGCUAGAGCUGGGACGGUUAGCCGUCGAGCGGAUGUGUUCCGUUGACCCGCGCAGUAAGAUCGAUGUGUUCGAGACAAAAGUGGUAGAAAAUGCGUUGGACCACACGUGGGUAAUCAGUGGCCAGAGUGCCGAGCAAUCGGAGCUACUGGAGGGGCACGAUAAACAGGAGCCCCUUUACAUCGAGGGACCAUUUGUUAUAUGGAUGCGGAACAAGCCCAUCAACUAUUUCGUUCUAAAAAGCGCACCAAAGCCACUUCCCCUCCCGGACACGGAAGGUGACCCGGAUGAUGUUAGUAACCUCAAUGUGCCAUACUUUGGCGUGGGUCUGCGAUACCGGAAUGUUUCGCCCUCCGCGUCAAAGCUAAGCACUCGGCGCCGGUCGGUGCACGAGCAGGAGGAUGGCACGAUCUACGCGAUCUGUUGUACUGGGACCUCUACCAAAGACUCGCUGCUAUCGUGGAUACGACUGCUGGAGAAGGAGAACGGCAAUGCGGUACUGGCCUCAAUUGCGGUUCUGUUUAAGUUUACCUUCCCGUCCGCCGAGCUAUCGACCGUUGACGAAAACAGCAAUAAAGUUCCACAACAAUAGACCACUCGGUGCGGCGACGUGUUUGGAGGAGAAAUUCUGGUUCAA